CACACGAUAAUAGUUACGAUAAGAUUGUGUAACCAAUUAGUUCAAUGAUAUUGAUAGGUAAAGCUUAGUGCAGUUCACGAUAUCUUUUGUCCGCUUGUUUAUAUACACUUCAUUUAUUGACAUAAUGUAAACGCACGGAGUAUGCUUUUUACAGAUAGACAAAGGAAGAAUAACUCCUAAGAUCUGAAAUGGAAGUGGAUAUCUGUGGUCCAUGCAAGUUUCGAAAUGAAAGUACAAAAGCUGCUAAGUACUGUGUGACAUGCCAAGAGCCACAGUGUAAAACAUGUGCUGAGAUCCAUGGCAGAAGUAAAGCAACAAGGAAUCAUCUUCUUUUGAUAAUCACGGACUUAAAUAACGCUUCCAAGACACAAGAAGAUUUAAAUAAAUUUCAGAAUUGCAAGGACCAUCCCGAAAAGAGGCUCGAUUUCUUCUGUGUAGAACAUGACAACUUAAUGUGUAGCACGUGUUUGUUGAACAUACAAAAGCUUGGCUGUAAAACUAUCGUUGAUAUUGAAACAGCAGGUAAACAGGUAGUAACAGAGAAAUUUAACGAACAAUUAGCACGGGAUUUAGAAAGUGUCGAGUCUAACUGCAAAGCAGAAGAAAUAAAUAUUCAGAGUUUAAUAGAUGGAAUUCAUCAGGAAAGGCAUGAACUUCAGAAACGUAUAGAAGUCAUUAAAAAGAAAUUAAUAACGCAGUUUGACAAGUGUCAUAAGGAUAUUCUAGAUGAAGUCGAUAAAAAUGUUAAGACACAAGUCGCAGAGCUUACUGGUCGGCAGACAAUAUUAAAAGAAGAUCUUCGAACAGCUAAGGAAAAUAAGCAUAUACUACAAACUGUAAUAAGCAAUGAUUCAACAGCUGAUGUUUUCCGAUGCACCUUAUCUAUAAUGCAGCAGCUAAGCAUGUUUGAAUCAAGCAAAGGGUCUGCCACUACUGAUACGUUUACCCAUUCGGUGAAAGUAUCUCCGGCAUUCGACACGCUUAUAGAAUCCAUGGAUAUCCAUCCUAUUAUGCAGUGUAAAGCAGUCGGCGUUGCAAAAACGUAUACGCGUAAUGUGAACAUGAAAACGGACCGAGACAGCUUCCUGAAGAUUGCAAAACAAGUUGCUUUAAUUAGGGACAGUGAUAUAUCUAAUGAGUAUACAUACUCUAGCGCUGACGCCGAAAUGGAAGAUCUUGAAACCAAACCUGACGCGAAACGUCUAAAUGAAAAUAGCAAACAAUAUGCCAAGUUCCGAGGUCAAGGUGCAAAAGCAACACUAUCACCGAUUGCAACGAUCAACAACGUAUCACACAUGUCAGACGCUAUUGUAUUGACACCAGAUUGCAAACAGCUGCAUAUAUCUGGCAUCGUCACACUGAGUGAUGGAUCGUAUGUGUUAUCGGACAGCACGUGGCCGAGACUGGUGCGUGUGAAGGAAGACUUAACCUAUAAAGACAAAGCUGACUUAUCACAUCCUCCUGGACAAAUGACAGUUCUAAAUGAACGAUUUCUGGUUGUAUGCUUACCAACUGUCAAGCGUGUUGCAUUUCUCUCAGUAUCAUAUGAGUUUAAAUGGAUGUGAAACUUUAAAACAACACAUACGCCAAAAGGAGUUCAUGCUCUUGACGCAGGCCGUCUGCUUGUUUCGAUGAAGAGUGAUGUUGAUGGGCAAUGGUAUCUCUUUGUACUUACAACAGACGGAGCAAUUCUACGGGACAUAGGUAAAACAAGAUCAGUACUGGAUGCCAGUUUGAUUGAGUCUUUGAAAUUAACCCCAACGUCUCCAAGAUAUUACCUUCAAUGUUGCAAAGUAUCGAAUGCGCUUUAUUGCUUUGAUGUCAAUGGAAAGAAAGUUUUAAAAUACAGCAUUAUGUCACCAAAAUGGUUGUAUGUCGACAAUGCUGGGAAAAUAUUUGUGCUGGAUUCGUGUGGUCUGCUCCAUAUUCUGACAAACAAUGGCGUGCUUCUUCAGACAAUCAAUGUUCCAAAGGAAGCAAAUGGUGUUACAAGCAGUAAGACGAAGGACACUCUUUUGAUAACUAGACAAUGCUCAGCCGCUAUAGGUGUAUUAACAAUAUCACGCUAACAAAAUAACUUAAUAAUAAAAUUGGCGGCACUGGAUAAAAAAGCUAAAUGACGAUAAACAUUUUAAUUGUCUUAUCGACAUUAGGACUUUCUUCUUCUGUACAUUAAUUAUUUAGACAAAAUUUGAUUUAUAGAACAUUUAAUUAAUAAAGCGUAGAUUAUUUAAAAAAUCUGAAACUAAAUAAACAUGGCAUAAAGGUCCAUGUGCAAGUUGGAUUGAGGAAAUUAGGUAAACAUGUUAUAUGGGCAAAAGCGGAACUGAGGUUCAUUUCUCGAUUUUGCCUAACAACAUUUUGUAUAUCAUUCCUUAUAUUAUACCGAAUAAAGGCUGAGUUUUAUCCCCGUAUAAAUCACGAUCCGAGUCUUAUAAACGCCGAUUAUUACUCUGUUUUAUGGUUUGGAUGACGUCACUAUGAAUAAAGAAUGAAAUAUGCAAAUGAUGUAUGCCAUAAUAGGGUUAUUAUAAAAGUACCGUGAUCUGCAAUGUCAUAUUUUGCCAGGCCUGGCGAAAUGGACGAGGGCCGAAUG